CCCUUUUGCUGCCCAUUGACAGUUCUGUGUUAGUGCGUUGUAGUACCACACGAAUACGUGUCACAGACUAUUUAACUGAUUGCUCGAUCGUCGAUAGUGGUGAUUAUUCUGUACAAGAUGAAGAUUACCUUGACACAAGCCCAUUGGGAACACAUUAUUUGUGUUUUGCGGGUUUGAUUGGAUUUUAAUUGGCUACUUACGCUGAUGCUAACAACCAACUAGCAUUAGCAGGCUAGCAACAACAGGACUCCUACAGGGAUGUAGUAAAUACAGUUUUUUACUAUAUCUUUAUUGAUUUGUUUUAGAAGACAGCACUAUGAUGUUUACCUAUUAGAACGCAGAUAUGCUCAUUAGUUUUUGGAUUGGCAGCACAUCUCAAUUAUUUAUAUGGUAGUGGUGCCUGGUUAUUUUGCUUCGGUUAAAAGCAAGACAAACGCUUUGACAAACUAGGGUGUUUGGACCAACUAAUGAUGCUCUGCGAAAUUGUUCAACAAAAUUAUAAAACGGCCUCACCGGGAGGAUUACACCAGGACUGUCUGGCAGUGGGUGGCAAUUGGACAAAAGGCAGAUACUGCCUUGAACUCUAACAUUUUUAAAAGCAUUGGCAAGUGGUGAGCGGCCCAAACUACUCUCAAGAUGGUCCUAGGAAUGCUUCUUUUUACCUCCCUUUUUAUGGGCUCGGUAAAAUGUCAAGAGAGUCAUAACAUGACACCAGAAGAGAAGACUGUCAUAAGGGAACAGAUCAUUGAAAUGUUUGACCAUGCAUAUGGGAGUUAUAUGAAAUAUGCGUAUCCAGCCGAUGAGUUGAUGCCAUUAAGCUGUAAGGGCAGAGUACGUGGUCAGGAGCCCAACAGAGGUGACAUUGAUGAGUCUUUGGGCAAGUUUUCUCUCACACUGAUUGACACCCUUGAUACACUAGUGGUGUUAAACAAGCUGGAUGAGUUUGAGGAGGCAGUGAGAAAGGUGGUGAGGGACAUACGCCUUGACAAUGAUGUUGUGGUGUCUGUGUUUGAGACGAACAUUAGAGUUUUGGGAGGACUUCUGGGGGCCCAUGUUAUGGCUGACCUGUUCCGUCAGCAAGGAGAGAGAAUGCAGUGGUACCGAGAUGAACUCUUACACAUGGCCAAAGACUUGGGUCAUCGUUUAUUACCUGCCUUUAACACCACAAGUGGCCUUCCCUACCCAAAGAUAAAUCUGCGAUAUGGAGUUCUGAACCCACUCUCUCGCAUUGGCACUGAAACAGACACAUGCACUGCCUGUGCUGGAACCAUGAUUUUGGAGUUUGCUGCUCUGAGUCGAUUGUCUGGGGAUUCUGUUUUUGAGAAACAUGCCCGAAAGGCUCUGGAUGUUCUCUGGAACAGGAGACAGAAAGAAAGUGAUUUAGUAGGAACAGUGAUCAAUAUUCAUAAUGGAGAAUGGAUCAGGAGAGACAGUGGAGUUGGUGCUGGCAUUGAUUCUUACUAUGAAUAUCUGAUGAAGGCUUAUAUUCUUCUUGGGGACCAUGUUUUUCUUGAAAGAUUUAACAUUCAUUACAAUGCAAUCAUGAAGUACAUUAGUCAACCUCCCCUGUUGCUCAAUGUUCAUAUGCAUAAUCCAACUGUGAGUGUGCGCAGCUGGAUGGACUCCCUUUUGGCCUUCUUUCCUGGUCUGCAGGUUUUAAGGGGUGAUCUGAAACCAGCUAUUGAAACUCAUGAGAUGCUUUACCAAGUGACAAAACAGCAUAAGUUUCUUCCUGAGGCUUUCACUACAGAGUUUAGAGUCCACUGGGGCCAACACUUAUUGAGACCAGAGUUUGCAGAAAGUACUUACUACCUCUACAAGGCCACUGGUGAUCACUACUACCUCCGAGUUGGGCAGUCUAUUGUAGAAAAACUCAAUGUCUAUGCCCGAGUGCCUUGUGGGUUUGCAGCUGUGCAGGAUGUUCGCACUGGAACACAUGAAGACAGGAUGGACUCCUUCUUCUUAGCAGAGAUGUUUAAGUACCUGUACUUGCUGUUUUCUGAGAAAAGCCAGCUUCCUAUCAACAUUGAUGACUAUGUUUUCACCACAGAGGCUCACCUUCUUCCCGUCUCACUCUCAACCAAACAGCCACCCUGUCAGGAUAAUAUGACGUAUGUUGAGGUCUCCCAAGCUGAAGAUUUAUUUACACACUCAUGUCCAAGUCCAGAAGCACUCUUUCCCAAUAACCCUACAUUUGCAAAAAGCAUACGAGACGGGUACAAGUACCUCACUGGUGUGGGCCGGGCUUUUCAACCCCUUCCACUCAGAGAGAUUGAACUACCCCUGCAUGACAAUGGGAUGGAGUCUGUAGAAUUUUUAAAAAGUAUGGGUAUUUCCCUUAUGCCACUUAAUGAAGCUAUGGCUGGAAGUUCUAAGGAACAUAAAGGAGUUUAUCAAAUUAAACUGGUUGCUGAGUUGAGUCAAACGAAUGAGGAGGAAGAGGUGGUUCCACAUAUUGUCCAGCUUAUAUCACCACCUUUUUUGGGUCGGACAGUCCUGACAGCAGGACCAGCAAAGUUUGGAAUGGACCUCACCAAACAGGAACAUGGGGUGAAAGGACGUGUUGUAAAAGCAUUACCAUACACAGCAUGUGGACCAUUAAAGAAUACUAUAGAAAUUAAAGGGCAUAUUGCACUGGCAUUACGAGGUGUCUGCAUGUUUGCUGCAAAGGCUCGACAUCUCCAGGAUGCAGGAGCCACUGGAGUCAUCUUUAUAGAUCACAGAGAAGGAAGUAACAGCAAUGAUUCUCCACUAUUUCAAAUGGUGGGCGAUGGGGGCUCAACUGCAGACAUCACAAUACCUUUGGUUUUCCUGUUCAGUUGCGAAGGUCAAAUACUUCUAGAUGCCUUGGAAGAACAUCACAAUGUGGAUGUACUGCUGUUACCACAAGAGAGGCAGCUGGGACAAGAUAAGCCUGAGAAAACAGCUGAAAUGAACAUUGAAAUUCGUCUGACGGAGGAAGGACAGUUGGACGAAGCAUUCCAGCACACCCUGGAAUUAGUCCUGGAGAAAACGGCUGCAGCGGUCCAAGAAGUGCUAGACAUGGGCCUAGAAGAAGAGCAACAAUCUCAGCAACAAAGUACAGCUGAAUCAUUGAUCAAAGACAGUAACGAUGAUGCAGAGACAGAACCCUAACACUUUCCACUAUUGUUGAUGGAAUGUGCCUCAAAGUCCCUCACUGCCUCAAACGCAGCCUGUACUGAUUUUCCCUGCAUGUUUACAGCCAAUGGAGGUGACAGAUCAGGUGGGUUAAAUGGGUACUUCCUAACAUCUUGGCUGUGUGGACUGAAAAAAUGUGUAAUUAAGCAUACAAAUUAUAGAGUUAAAAUUGAUUAGCGCAGUCUUUUGCGCAAACCAGCUGUCCCUAAUGUUGCUCUUGUAGUUACAUAAGGAGCGUUCAGUGACAUUUUUAAAUCACUUACUAAUAGGGAAGAAUAGGGUCAUAUAUUAUGGAUAGUGAUGUUUUUAUGCAAUGCAGUUGUUGAAAUCUAGAAUUGCACAUAUUUUUAUUUUAUAUUUUUAUUUAUACAGUACUGUUGAAAUGAGUGAAUGGACUUUUUGGCCAGUAGGUGGAGUAGUAAGACACAUUACAAGGUGAAGACAAUUUGGGGCCAAACAUAAGCAUUUUUCAGGGAUUAGUGAGAAUGAAUGCUAUAAAGAAGUGUGUCUGUUUUCUUUUGUGUGUGCCCAUGCAACCUGUAAAAAUAUCUUGAUUGUUACUGUUACAUUACAUUUAGGUUUAUGAUUUUGUGCACCUUUUAGAAAAAGUACAUGUUUCAGUUGUAACAAUAUUACCAAAGGUAUAUUAAUGAUGGUUCUGAUCAGUUCCAUUUUGAUGUCUUGUUUUUCUAUGCACUUUAGUUUGUAUAUCUUCCAUACAUCUUCCAGACCAUUUCUAAAGCAACUGCCGCUACCAUCAUCAUAACAUAACAUAGCAACUGGAUCAAUGUAUUUAUUGUAAGUUAACACCUGAUUAAUUACGUAUGUUUUCAUAUUUCUUAAAAUGCAUGACCUGCCUUUCCUGAGAGAUUUUUUGUAUGAGAUAAAGAUCCCAUCCCAAUCAUAAAUGCAAAUAUUUUAUGUGGCAAAUAAUUUUAUUUUCGAUUAAUUGAUUUGUUUCUUUUUUUUUUGCUGGCAUAAUUUUAGUGUGACUUAAUAUUUUAUUUUAUUUUUGCGAAAACAUGCCAACAUAUUUACCUCAGGGCCAUGGUGUAUUGGGCAACUUUGUUUUUUCUUCCUUCAGCCGGUUUUCCUUGAAAUAUGUUGGAUGACUAAAAUCUCCAAUUUGUGCCAAUAGAAAUGACCAUAUGGAUUUCUUUGAUCUUCAGUUAUCCACUUUGUGAGCUGAGUAGUCUUGUUAAAAUGAUAAUAAAAAUAAAAGUAUUUCUU